CACACUUCAGCAGUUCCGUGUCUGCAAGGAACCGGAAGAUUAACACCCUCGUCUCCGGUCGAUAUUCCGGCAUAUAUACAGGUCACGGCCGCGGUAUCCGCUUUCAGUGGCGAGGAGGCUGCUGGUAAACGAAGCCAGAGAGCUAAAAUAUUCACAGGCUGUGGACGAUUAUUCUCAAAGCUACUAGCUUCAGCAAACCCCGACCUCCAAGCGGCCGAUUCUUAGCAUCUCUGCAUAUCGACAAUGGUGACCGCGGGGAAGAAGACGAAGAAGACCCAUGAGAGCAUAAACAACAGGUUAGCUUUGGUCAUGAAGAGCGGUAAGUUUACACUUGGGUACAAAACCGUUCUCAAGACCCUUAGGAACUCCAAAGGAAAGCUUGUAUUGAUAUCCAACAAUUGCCCACCUCUAAGGAAGUCUGAGAUUGAGUACUAUGCUAUGCUUGCUAAGGUUGGGGUUCAUCAUUACAAUGGAAACAAUGUUGAUCUUGGGACAGCCUGUGGAAAGUAUUUCCGUGUGUCGUGCCUUAGCAUCGUUGAUCCAGGUGAUUCUGACAUCAUCAAGACUAUGCCGGGAGACCAAUAAGAGAUUUACUUAGUGGUGUUAA